AAGUGCACUGUUCCUAUGAAAUGUGACGGAAUUUUGCAAACGUUUAAGGCUCCAAAAAUGAGGGAAUCUGCUCAUGAUAUCAGUAUGGAUACGUGGAAGCAAUGGAUAUUAGAAGCAAUAUCCAAAAUACGGUCGCAAAAGCAACGACCCAGUGUGCAAAGAAUUUGUCAGGCGAUUGGGACACAUCACAAAUUUCAUGAAGAUAUUGUAGCUGAGAAAUUGGAAAAGGCCGUCGAUUCUGGAGCUGUUAUCAAGGUAUACAACAAAGGCCUUCAUUCCUAUAAAGCGCCAAUGGCAAAGCGUCGAAUUAAAGUUGAUAAGAGUACCAACCUGUACAAGGUGGUAGCAAAGGCAGUCAAUGAUUUGGGCGAGUGCGAAGGCUCAACAAUUAAAAGUAUUGAAAAUUAUAUACAAAAAUUUAACUGCAUUGAUUUAUCGCCUGAUGUGGACUUUAAAUCGGUGAUUAAACUGUCCAUGAAGAAAGCAGUCGAUGCUGGCUUUUUAAUACAAGACGGAAAGUUCUAUAAAAAAGGCAAAUCCCUAACAACGCCACGAAAAUCUGUGCCAGACGCGGAUAUUCUUGUCAAAGGGGAAGAAACUUGCGCUCAUUGCUCGGGAAAUGCGCAAAAGAAUCUGAAUGGCAUACCCGAACCGCUAAGCUCUUGCAAACAGUGCGGUAUCUCAUUGCAUACAACUUGCGCCAACAUAGCCGGCAGAUGCAAAAGUCAAUCUUAUGUGCUGCUCUACAUGCUUGUUACCAAAGGAACUCUGUGGAAUUGUCAGAAAUGCGCCGACUGCGUUGUCUGCAAAAUUCGCAAUCGCGGGCCAUGUCUACUGCAGUGCUAUAUAUGCAAAAAUCAUUUCCAUUUGACCUGCCUUGAUACAAUACCAGACAAGAAGCCGAAGCAUCCUUAUAGAUGCAAAUCAUGUUUGAAGCAAAAUGUUGAUUAUCCGAAAUCAUUCCGUAGGGAGGCCGCUAACAUAAAAUUAGAAGUUUCUAAUGAAAGAGUGUUACAAUAUGAUAAGACAGGCGUCUCUCAAAGAGCCUAUAAUAAUAAUUGCAAGCGUCCAAUGAUCAAGCAAGAAGGGUACCUUGAAAAUCCCUCGACUUCGCAGCAAUCCACAAACAAUAUUGGCAAUAAGCAAAAGCGCAAGAAUUGUGCUUUAAGUAACAAUUUCGACACACAAAUGAAACAAAAGAAAAGCGCUCUAUUACAGCGUGAACAGAUUGUUAAACAAAGCAGUCGCAAACGCACUUAUUCGGAUCUAUCAUCCACGACGUCUUCGAGUGACAGUGACGACGACGAUGAUGACGAUGAUGAUAGAAAUCCGGGCUGUGAUGAUCAAGAUGAAAGCACAAGCUCCGACUCGUGCACUUCAUCAAGCUCAGAUUCAGAUUCAUCGGACAGUUCGAGCGAUAGUUCCGAAUGUGACGAUGAUAAUGAUGAAGAAGAAGACUACGAUUCUGAUAGAAGCACUUUAAAGGAAAAUAUAUUUGAAAAUGAUAAAACGUUAAAUGAUAAGGAUAGUGUUGAAGCAGCCUCUGAAAACUGGGGCUUUGCUGCAGUGGCUAAAAAUCCAGUUGACAACAAAUACAAAAAUAACUUCAAAUGCAUAAGUUAUAAAAAUAAAUUGCCCGAACCCAAUUUGAAUGCCAAUAAUUCAACAUCAAAGCCAAAAGAAUUUUCAAGCAAUAAAGCUGAUAGUACACAAAAUCAAAUGAAUCCUGUAAAAAAGAAAAUGGUAAUACUCAAGUCCAUGCCACUUGAAACAAGCAACACUCAAAGUCGUCAAGAUGAUGAUAUACCAUAUUUAACAAAGGAAACAGUCUUCAAGUGUCGCAUGUUGGCUGAUGCGAAAGACUUUGAGGAGCCAACAAAGCCACAAGCAAUAGCAGAUACUAACGACCCUCACAGAGCGGAUGAGGCAAGCAACGAAGUUGCAUUAGAUGAAACUAUGAACCUAAUUAGCCGCACCAGCCCGUUCGAAAACCAACAUUUACCGCCUGGCGUCAAUCAAACUGAUGUUGAGCUGUACAAGGAAGUGCUACAAAAAGCGGUCUUAAAAGUGUCAAACAAUCUUAAUGAAAUAUGCAACGAAAAGAACAACAUGUUGGGUGGACAAAGUCCCAAGUCUAUAGAAAUGGGUAAAUGGAAUAUUGAGACAUGGUACUCAAGCCCAUUUCCACAGGAGUAUGCAAGGCUAUCAAAACUGUUUUUGUGCGAGUUUUGUCUGAAAUAUACCAAAAGUCGUUCGGUCUUAGAUAGACAUCAAAAUAAAUGCAUAUGGAAGCAGCCACCGGGCACUGAAAUCUUCCGUCAGGGUGAUAUUUCGGUAUACGAAGUGGAUGGCAACGUGAAUAAGAUCUAUUGUCAAAACUUGUGCCUACUGGCUAAGUUUUUUUUAGACCACAAAACUCUCUAUUAUGACGUGGAACCAUUUCUUUUUUACAUUUUGACAAAGAACGAUCAAGUUGGCUGUCAUCUAGUGGGAUACUUCUCCAAGGAAAAGCACUGCUCGCAAAAGUAUAACGUCUCUUGCAUACUGACGUUGCCACAGUACCAGAGACAAGGCUUUGGACGUUUCUUGAUUGACUUUAGCUACUUGUUAAGUCGUGAAGAAGGUCAACUGGGUACGCCUGAAAAGCCACUCUCAGAUCUUGGACGUUUGUCCUACUUUUCAUAUUGGAAAUCUGUUGUGCUUGAGUAUUUGUACAAGUUCCGAGAUCAGCAAAAAAUAACAUUUAAAGAUAUAGCUAUAAAAACAGGCUUAGCCAUAUCUGACAUUGCCUUGGCAUUUGAGUUGCUAAACUUCAUAAAAUUGCGAAAAAAUGAAGGUGACAUUAGAUACCAAAUUACAGUAAAAAUUGAUUGGAAUAAGGUGGCAGCGCAUCAUAACACUGUAACUUCGCGAAAAUCCCGCAUUGUUAUUGAACCCGACUGCCUACGAUGGAGUCCAUUAACAUCAGUUUCGAAAUUACCCAAUAAUAAUAUAAAGCCAAUAUCAAAUCGUGAAUACUUAAGCUAUAGCUUAAUGGACAAAGUCGAAGUGAAAGAUUUGCAUAAGAGCAAACAAAUGGUCGAAGAUAUGGAAAUAGAGGAGCCUCUACCUACUUUAACUACGACCCAUCCAAAAGGGCAUUAUAAAAUGGCACGAAAGUCAAGUUUGGAGAAAUUCGAGGAAGCUGUAACAAGAAAAUCAAUAAAUAAUACAGAUUGUGCUACACCCGCGUCCACCGAUUCUAAAAGAUGUAAACGUCCCUUUGAGGAUAAAAUUGAUAAUUCAGAUUCGUCUGACAGCAAAUGUUCAAAGAAGUGUGCUGAAGUAACAGAGAACAACUUGUUAACCAAGCGCGCAUUGCGCUUGGCCAAGCGCAAGGACUCUGUGCCACAUACAAACAAGCGAAAGCAUUUCGAGCGUGAACAUCCUACUGAUGAAGUGGAAACGCCAAGUACAACAAAUCAAAAAGAUCCUUAUGAUUAUGAAAAUGAAAGUCCGGACAAGAUAACGCCACUGCGUGGAAAUCCAACACAAGAUCUAGAGUCGAGCAAUAAGAACAUCGAAUGUAUUGACAAACCAAUUAAUAUUGUGCCCAAGCUUAGAGGCAAAAAGUCGAAUGGCAAGCGCGAUGAGGAAGUUAAGCCCAUUGCCAAUGAAACCGCGAUAGCUGAGAUGGAAGCAGUUAAAGUUACAAGCGGACCAAAAAAUAUGGAGCUUGAAGCCCAAGCAAAGAACAAGGAGCCAACUGCGACUGCAGAGCUAACCACUGAACAUGUUUUGGACGCUGUAGCCAAGAAAACUAAGAAAGCUUUGUUUGCAGAUACAUUGGUGUAUGAGAAGCGCGCUCCCGAAGAGAAGCUAAUUGAGCAAAAAGUUGAGGCCCCACCACCAGUACCAGUAGCUAAAGUUGAAGAGCCAGCAGAGAGCGUUGCAAAUAGCGAACAUAACGUUGAGACAGGCGCCGUUGUACAUGUUGUCAAAGAAAAUUCACAGCCCGUUGCAAAAACGGAAACAGUAACGCCGCCUGUGCUUCCAAUACCUGAAGUUGUUGGCACGCCAGUGACUGAGCAAGCAAUCGUUAGCAAUGACAAUGUGACCAAGAAUAUUCAACCGAAAGAGGAAGAUAAAACAAAGCAAGUAGCUGUAGCUGUAGCUGUAGCAGAGACUCAAAGUCUACAUCAAAAUAUUGUAACUACAACUGUGACGUCAACUGAAAAGCCUGUAGCUGACACCUCCACGCUCGCGGCCACGCCUACGACCGCAACUGACGGUGAGCCUGCGAGAAAUCUGCAAAUGGAUAAGCCUCAUAUGAAAACUUUCGAAACCAGCAAGUUGGAGCCAAUAGAAACAGCUGAAGCCGUAGUCAAGCCCGAACAGAUGCUGGCGCAGCCUGCAAACAACUGUUCGAUGGAUCAGCAGGACGUUAAAACAGCGGCUGUGAUUGGGCAAUCUUUGCAGCCUACAAAGCCUGAGACAGCAGAAAUCCCUAUUGAAGCAGACCCUAAACAAAAAGUAAAUAAAAAAAUAUGUGUAGAAACUGCAGCUACAACAACAACAGGUAUAGCAGCAGCAGUAGCAGCAAAAGCAGAAAUUCCUCAUAAUACAGUUAAAGCUAAAGUUGAGGUGCCAUACAAAGCGAAUGUGCAAGCGGAAAAGGAAGUUCCGAAGGCGCCACAAUUGUUACAAGUUAAGGAAGAAGACAAAACAAAUAUUCGCGUGGCUACAGCGCCACUGCCCAAGCUGCAAUUAAAGAACAAUGAACAUGCACAAUUGCAAAGCCUGAGCUCAACGCAGUUUCCAAUAAAUCAAAUGCCAAACUAUCACCACACAUCGCAAUAUUGGCAAUGGGACUAUUACAGCUAUAAUCUAUGCAACCUGGAUCCGUCUGCGCCGAAGGGUCAGAAACAAUUUCAUAAAGAUCUGGCGACUACUAUGGCCUACACACACAAUUUAUCACAGAAUCUAUAUCAAUCCGCAAUGCAGACAAUGCAUGUGCAUCAUCAGAUGCAUCACACCAAGGACAAGCAGAAGGUGGAGCGUAAGAACAGCUCGAAAAAGGACGACAUGACCAAGGGAGUUCCUAAUGUCAAUAACUUGCGCGAUGAGGCGCACGCACUCAAUUGCAAUGACUACAAUUUAAAUAGUCAUGGUAGCGCCAUCGCUUAUAAUCAAAAGUGUGCCCAACAAAAACAAUACAAACUAAAUGAGCAACAGCAGCAGCAACAAAUGAAAAGCAUUAGCAACGCUCAAUCAUCAGUGCACAGACACAAUCACAAUUCAAAUAAUCAGCCCGAUGCAGUUCUAUUGCCCACACCCAUAGGCCGCGAGGGAGCAACUGUAGCUCCGAAGCCUCAAAAGUCGGAGCAUAAUGUUAACACCACGCUAGUGACGCCACGAGGUGAGGAGAAACUAAAAGCUCAUACUCAACCCUUGCUUCAAGCCCAAUCAUCUCAUGCAAACUUGCAAGUUGGUGGCGCUCAAGCUGAUGUAAACACAAACAACAACAUGGCUUACAACAAUGCUGAAACAGCAACAAAUGCACCCAUACAGCAGCACUACGAUUGUGGCAUCAACAAUGUACAAUUGAACAUGGACUCUGCGGCAGCCAUAGGCAGUGGCAUUAAUCAUGGCACCGAUAACAUCUCCACUACAAAUGUCAAUAUGCAUCGACAAUUCUCUGAUUGUUCAAUGCAAAAUCAAUCCACAGCCACCCCGAUGCAUAUGUCUAUACAAAAUUCUCAUAUUCAACAGCAAAACAAUUUGAAUAUGAAUCUAACGCCCGAAGGUUCACCCAAUAUGAAUAUAAUUGGCAAUCCCCAACAGCAGCAGCAACAACAACAACAGCAGCAGCAGCAACAGCAUCAGCAUCAAAAUCGAAAGAUAAAUGUCCAACAGCCUGACAUUGUGUCAAGUUCUCCAACCACAUCGCAUAGAUCAUCUACACCGAAGCAAAUACGCAAUGCAAAUUCAUCGAAUAGCUCCAAGCUACAAACGGCUUCAUCAUCGACGCAAAAUACUCAGCAGCAGCAGCACCACCAGCUGCAGCAUCCACAACAGAGUUCUACACCAAACAUAUCGAAGGCACAACAGGAUUCCCUGAAUAACUUACAGUUUACACAAUUAGGGGGACAGCAUGGACAUCAGCAGAAUAUGCAGCCUUUGGACUAUGUGUCUAUACCGCAGAUAACACAAAAUUUUCCAACGAAUCCCUCGAACUACGACAUCGUUAGCAUGCCGCCAGGGAUUCAGCCUCGAAUGUCGCUUAACAGCUCCGUGCAUUCGUUACCAAACUCACAUCAACGCAUUGAUCAACCCUCAUCGGCCUGUGCUGUGAAUAAUUUUUAUUUACAAAAUGGCAUGCCCUCGAACGAAGCUGUAGCAAAUUCACCACGCCUAGCUGUAUCCACCACACUGGGACCGCCCUCAUCAGCAGCAUCCAAUAAUGAUCAACGGCAGUCAAGUCAUGAUGCCAUCUCUGCUUCAAAUAGCACGGGCACAACUUCAGCACUGGUUGGCAAUUUAUGUGCGCUGUCAAAACUACAGCAGUUGACCAAUUGCUUGGAGACACAGCCAUGCAAUACAUCCCCUGGAGGGCAAUCAAACCUAACACCAUCACCGCAUCACUCGAUACCACCCAACUCGAUGACGCCGCCACCACAUUUGCUCAUGCAGAACAGAAACAUUUCAACACCGCCUAAUAUGUUGCAAUCGCAUACUCCUCUACAAUACCAUAAAUAUUACGCUAGCAACAUGAAUAUAGCGCCAAUUACAUCAGCACAGAACAGCAGUCGUAACACUCGCAACACUCCAUCGGCUCCUGUUCAACAUGGCCCAGCGCCAAUAAGCAGCAGCUCAAAUAAUCGCACAGCUAAUGUACACAUUAGCCCUAAUUUGAUGUCACACUAUGGGGCCAUCAACAGCUAUAGAAUGUCACCCCAGCAGAGCCCUCCCACGCCAGCAUAUAGCUCUGGUAGUGAGUAUCCCAAUUCGCAGAUUCCCAUGCAAAUGGGCGUUAUGAAUAUGCAGUCCCAGUAUCAAGAUGCAUGCGUAUUGCAAAGAGCUACGCAACCAAAUCCUAUGUAUCCAACGUAUUCACCCUAUUUGGGUCUCAAUUCACAGAUUCGCAGAUAAAUCUUUACUUAAUAUAUAUACUUUUUUUAUAA